UUUGCGUGUAGCAAAGUUGGAAGUUUUGUAAACAUUUUAUUUUUACCAAAUUUUUACACAAAACUUUGUUUGGAAAGAUAGUUGUAAAUUUGUUAAAAUUUAUAUAAAAUGAGUUCCAUUAGCGAUUUAUCGCAAUCUAGUGAAUAUUUAAGCUUUAGAAGCAGUAUUCCUCUACGAAGAAUUAUUGUGAAUUCUGAUGGUUCGAAGUCUUGGAAAAUUUAUGACAGCGGGCCAAAGUCGGUAUCCUGCCCUCUAGUAUGCAUACCACCAGUGUCAGGCACGGCAGACAUAUUCUUCAAGCAGAUAAUGGGACUGAGCUCCAGAGGAAUCAGGGUCAUAGCAGCAGAACCACCUUCUUACUGGAAUGUCAAGGAAUGGUGUGAUGGUUUCAGACGGCUUAUUGACUGUCUUGAAUUGGAGAGGAUUCACUUGUUUGGAGCAUCGCUAGGUGGCUUUAUGGCUCAGAAAUUUGCAGAAUUGACUAGGAGUUAUCCAAGAGUAGCUUCGUUGGUUCUAUGUAAUACAUUCACUGAUACAUCUGUGUUUGAAUAUCGUGACUCUGCUGCUUUGUUUUGGCUCCUUCCGUCUUUAGUGCUAAAAAGAAUGUUAAUGGGUAACUUCACAAAUGAAAAAGUUGACAAAAGAAUUGCUGAAUCUAUUGACUUUAUGGUAGAAAGGCUGGAAACCCUGAACCAAACAGAACUGGCAUCAAGACUGACAUUAAAUUGUUCACCGAGCCACGUCCAGCCACAGCUGCUAAGUCAUAUACCGACAACAAUACUGGAUGUAUGGGACGAGAGCGCCUUAAGCUCCAAAGUGCGUGAGGAUCUCUAUAAGUCGUACCCUCAAGCGAAACUAGCACAUCUCAAGAGUGGUGGCAACUUUCCAUAUCUCAGCAGAAGUGACGAAGUUAAUCUACAUUUAUUGAUCCAUUUAAGGCAGUUUGAUGAGAGCCCCAUUUCAGCAUCAUUUUUAAGUCUGCACAAACUUCAGAGUCAACCAGACGAGGGAUCAGUCAGUUAUUUUAAUCAACAGGAUAAGUUUGUCAAAAUAACAUGAAAUAUUUGAAUUUCCUAUUAUUAAAUUCCUAUUCCUAUUAAGGGCAUCCCCUGAGCAAUCGACCUUGAUCAUACAUUUGCCGCGUUGCCAAAAUCCUAUUUUUUUACUUAGGUAC